AUGGUAGAUCUGCUAGCAGCACGGGGUGGUGGGACCGUAGUGUGCGCAUCCACGAAGACACAGCCAGUGACGGCUCAGUCGACCACGGAGGCAGAGUAUAUUGCAGCCGGGGAGGGCGUGAAGGAAGCGUUGUUCGUGCGUGGUGUUCUGUCGUUCAUUGCGCCCGAGACGAGCGGUGCCACGAUCAGGGUCCGUGAGGACAACGAGGGGGCUCUCGCGUUGGUGCACAACCCUUUCAGCUCGGCGAGGAGCAAGCAUAUCGACGUGCGGUUCCACUUCAUCCGCGAGCUCUUCAAGGCGGGCAAGAUCACCGCCGAUUAUAUCUCGACAGAAGAGCGNGUCCGUGAGGACAACGAGGGGGCUCUCGCGUUGGUGCAGAACCCUUUCAGCUCGGCGAGGAGCAAGCAUAUCGACGUGCGGUUCCACUUCAUCCGCGAGCUCUUCAAGGCGGGCAAGAUCACCGCAGAUUAUGUCUCGACAGAAGAGCAGCACGCCGAUAUGCUGACCAAGGUCCUUGGUAGGGGCAAGUUGGAGUACCACCGGAAGGCUCUGAUGAACCUGCCGAUGUAG